AUUAUACUAAACGACAGAGGUCAUUUUCUAAUUUUCGUAAAGCAAUUUGCUAAACGCUAAACUUCAUUAUUUUUGAUUUCUUCUUUUAUAGAACACGUAAUUUAUCAUAACUAAAUAAUGGCUUCAUUCCUGCGAUCCACCAAAUUAGUUGCUAAGCUCACACAGGGACCGACUAAAUGCUUUUCAAGAAAUUAUGCUGAUCAAAUGAACUUCACAUUUGCUGCCGCCAAUCAAAUUUUUUAUGCCAACAAAAAUAUCAAGCAAGUUGAUGUACCAUCUUUCAGUGGUUCAUUUGGUAUCUUACCAAAUCAUGUACCCACAUUGGCUGUUCUCCGCCCUGGAAUUGUAACGGUAUAUGAAGAUGAAGGAACAUCAAAAAAAAUAUUUGUUUCUAGUGGAACGAUAACUGUAAAUGAGGAUUCUAGUGUUCAAGUUUUGGCUGAAGAAGCUCACCCGAUUGAAGAUAUUGAUGGAUCAGCCGCACGUCAAGUACUACAAGAGGCUCAAAGUCAACUCUCAACUGCAUCAGGUGAUGUUGCCAAGGCAGAAGCUGCAAUUGCUGUUGAAGUAGCUGAAGCACUUGUUUUAGCAGCAGGAAACUAAUACUGAACGUAAACUAUGUAUUAUAAUAUUAGUAUGGAAAUUUGUUUAAAAAUUUUGUCAUACUCAAUUAGGUUUAUCAAAUUAAAUUGAAUUUCUACAUGUUCCGUUAUGUUUGCUGGUUUUUAAAAUUUAAAAUUAUAAUUAUUCUCAUCAGUAUCCAAUAAAAAAAAUUCCAUAAUUAUCUGAGUUUUAGUUUUUAGUUUUGGCUAACAAUAUUUUAAUUUAGUGAUGUUCCAUUAAGUAUUAUUAAAUAAUAUACAAUAUUAUAUUUACAUAAUAAAAUAUUGAAAUAUAUUAUUGUUUAAACAAUCAUUUCAUAUUUUAAUCAAAUUGUAAAAAUCUUUGAUUUAUUAUUAAUUCAUUCUAGGGCUAAAAUUAAAAUAAUAAAUUAUGAUAUGUGUAGCAA